AGUUUUAAAGACUGUCAUUCUCUCUUCUACAACAGCCCAUCUGGCAUUUAUGGUCUCUCUCUCUCUCUCUGCUAAAUCUCUCACAUCAAGAAGUUGGGUCUACGAGAGAGUGACGACUCUUUGAUUGAUUCGCCACAUCUUCCUCACUUCCAUUUACAUCCCUUUUAAUCCCUUCCUCAAAGUCAUCUCUCUUUUUUAUAUAUCCACUGCUCCUGAUUCAUCAUAAGAGUUGAAUAGUUUUUUUUUUAUUUAUCUUGACAAAGAAUGAGAUCUCAAGGGGUGGAAACUAACAAAGUGUGGCUUGGACCAACAACGCCGGAGAUAACCGGUUUUGAGUUUCAGAAAGGUACAAACCGAACACCAAACCACCACCGGUCCAGUAUAGGUAAACCAGCACCGUCAAAAUGGGACGACGCUCAGAAAUGGCUCUCCGGCGUCGGUCUUGCUCGCGGUGGCACCGGAGAGAAGAACCACCACAACUCGAGGAACUGUAAGCCAAGAAACUCAAACGCGGAUGAUCUAAGACUCAUAGCUUCAGCUUCGCAGAGAGAACGUGAAGGAGAGGAUCAGUACGUUGAAUACGACGAAGAAGACGGAGCAGCGGGAAGGCUCGAGGUGGAGACGAAGAACGUAGACUGCGGAGGGGAGCCAGGUGGUGGUGGUUCGGCUUGGAGGAAAGAGAGUAUUAAUAUUAAUCCAACGGCUGUGAUUCGAUCAGUGUGUGUGAGAGACAUGGGGACUGAGAUGACUCCUAUCGGUAGCCAAGAGCCUUCUAGAACGGGUACACCUGUUCGAGCCACGACGCCGGUUGGGAGGAGUCCUGUGACGUCACCAGUGAGAGCUUUACAGGACGUUGAGGCGGUGAGGACGACGGAGACGGUGGUGACGGAGGGUAGAAGCGUAGGGAAUGAUAAUAAGGCGAUGAAUGCUAUGGAGGCUCGAGCCAUGGCUUGGGAUGAAGCAGAACGCGCUAAAUUCAUGGCUAGGUAUAAGAGGGAGGAAGUGAAGAUACAAGCUUGGGAGAAUCAUGAGAAGAGAAAGGCUGAGAUGGAGAUGAAAAAAAUGGAGGUGAAGGCUGAGAGGAUGAAAGCAAGGGCUGAGGAGAAGUUGGCGAACAAGCUGGCGGCGACAAAGAGGAUAGCGGAGGAGAGGAGGGCGAACGCGGAGGCGAAGUUGAAUGAGAAGGCGGUGAGGACAUCGGAGAGAGCUGAUUAUAUAAGGAGAAGUGGUCACUUGCCAUCUUCUUUCUCAUUUAAGAUUCCAUCUUUCUCUCUAUGUUGGUAGCCACUUAGUUUGUGUGUUACUUAUUAAUCUCAUUAUUGUCUUUAGAAUGUAAUCGUUGUAUGGAUUUAGUGAUGCAAUAACUAAUGAACAAAAGUUAACGGUUU